CCCUCGCCGCUUCAGCCUGGCGGGGAGGAGGAGGAGGAGGAGCAGCAGGCCUCCGGGCCCUGGCACCGCCGCCCGCAGAUAAGCGGCUAAUACCAAAAGCAGACUUCACAAUUUGAUAGAUACCAGUUGUUUGGGACAUUCUGAUUCAUUUGCAUCCUUGAAGAGCAUCGGUAGAAGAGGAAGGAAAAGAUGGGUGUGAAAACAUUUACUCAUAGCUCCUCUUCCCACAGCCAGGAAAUGCUUGGAAAGCUAAAUAUGCUUCGAAAUGAUGGACAUUUUUGUGAUAUCACUAUUCGUGUCCAGGACAAAAUCUUCCGGGCACAUAAGGUGGUACUAGCAGCUUGCAGUGAUUUCUUUCGCACCAAACUUGUAGGCCAAGCAGAGGAUGAGAACAAGAAUGUGUUGGAUUUGCAUCAUGUCACAGUGACUGGCUUUAUACCCCUUUUAGAAUAUGCUUACACAGCCACUCUGUCAAUUAACACAGAAAAUAUCAUUGAUGUUCUAGCUGCAGCCAGCUAUAUGCAAAUGUUCAGUGUUGCUAGCACCUGCUCAGAGUUCAUGAAAUCAAGCAUUUUAUGGAAUACACCCAACAGCCAACCAGAAAAGGGUCUAGAUGCUGGACAAGAAAAUAACUCUAACUGCAAUUUUACGUCUCGAGAUGGAAGCAUUUCUCCAGUGUCUUCAGAGUGCAGUGUGGUAGAAAGAACCAUUCCUGUUUGCCGAGAGUCGAGGAGAAAGCGCAAAAGCUACAUUGUUAUGUCUCCUGAAAGUCCUGUGAAGUGUAGCACACAAACAAGUUCUCCACAGGUAUUGAAUUCUUCAGCUUCCUACUCAGAAAAUAGAAAUCAACCAGUUGACUCUUCUCUAGCUUUUCCCUGGACUUUUCCUUUUGGAAUUGAUCGAAGGAUUCAGCCUGAUAAGCUUAAGCAAGCAGAAAAUACCCGGACUUUAGAAUUACCUGGCCCAUCUGAGACAGGUAGAAGAAUGGCUGAUUAUGUGACUUGUGAGAGCACAAAAACUACCUUACCUCUGGGUACCGAGGAAGAUGUCCGGGUCAAAGUAGAAAGGUUAAGUGAUGAGGAGGUCCAUGAGGAAGUAUCCCAGCCUGUCAGUGCAUCUCAGAGUUCACUGAGUGAUCAGCAGACAGUGCCAGGAAGUGAACAAGUCCAAGAGGACCUUCUGAUUAGUCCACAGUCUUCCUCUAUAGGUUCAGUAGAUGAAGGCGUCACUGAAGGGUUACCUACACUUCAGAGCACUUCUAGCACCAGUGCUCACGCAGAUGAUGAUGAUCGAUUGGAAAAUGUUCAGUAUCCCUACCAACUCUACAUUGCUCCUUCCACCAGCAGCACAGAACGGCCAAGUCCAAAUGGUCCAGAUAGACCUUUUCAGUGUCCAACAUGUGGGGUGCGAUUCACCCGUAUUCAGAACCUGAAACAGCACAUGCUCAUCCACUCAGGAAUUAAACCAUUUCAGUGUGACCGCUGUGGGAAAAAGUUCACCAGGGCUUACUCGCUAAAGAUGCAUCGCCUAAAGCAUGAAGACUGUGAUACUAAUAGCGGUACUGCUGUGUCUCAACUGGAAAGGUCAGGAAUUUUUAUUUUUAAUGUAAUAUAGAUCCUUUGGAAACUGUUAUGCCUACCAGUAGAUAAAUCUCAAAAGUUAAUUUUAAAAUCUUAAUGGAGAAAACAAAGAAUCGGUAAAAUUAUGACCAGGAGUCAUUGUUGCCCUCAGUUCUAAGAGUUAUUUUUUUAAAAAAGAAGAAGAAGGAAGGAAGAAAAGGAGGAAAGAAAUAGGGUUAAUGAGAAGAAAUAUAUCAGAACCAUUUGGAGAUUUGUGGGUUGAAAGUGUUUUAGCACACCCCCGUCCUGAGAAUUUUGUAUUAAGAGAGUCCUACACAGUUUUGGCAGCUCUGAGGUGUUCUGUGUUCUCAGAAUGUAGGAUUGACCACCAUCACUGGCUAUUUUUUCCCAAAUGGAAACUUUAGAUUUUCAUUGGUAUUUACAAAUUAUACAGAUUUCCAAGUUUCAUGAAACGUUUGAAUCUACUGUGAAAAUGCCGAUUGUUGGUUGUCUGCUCCCCAAAUCUUAUCAAUACAGGUAACUAACUAGUACUUAACAUGUGAUAUAAACAGAGUCCUUUUUUUCUAUUUCAGUGAGGCUCUACAUUUUUCUUGAUACACAGUUUAAGGAUACUUAGCUUAUGGAUCUGUUUUAGGAAACUAAGCUAUGAGGGAUAAUUGUAUAUAGUGCUAUUUAGAUUUAUUUAAAAUUCCUCUAAGAGAAGGAUGCCUGGAUAUAUAAUUUUUACCAGAAUAUAUGGAAAACACUGUAGAGAUGAAAGCCAGUUAUAUUAUCUCAUCCAUUAGAAAUUACCAGUAUAACUAAACAUAAAAAAAAUUCCAGUUUAGAAUACUUUAGCAUAGCUAUCUUUCUGAAAGGCCCAAGGAGGGGUAACUUUGUUAAAGGGCUUAAAUUUUAGGAUGCAAGAUAAAUUGCCUUUUUAAACCAAGUAUUUUAUAUAAGAAAGGCAUUUAUUUUUCAUUUUAAAGCUACCAAAUAGGUAUGAUAUACAUACUUUAGAAAUGAGCAAAGAUGUUUGCUGUGAUACUGGAUAUUACAGCUCCUGCAGUCAUUCUUUCCAUUUUUAAGGGUGUAUUCUAACAGUGGAAGCAUCUAGCAUGUCAGUGAUUGUACUAAUUCAGAAACGAAAGCAUUAAUACUUGUUUUCAUUUUUUUGAAUUUUAAGUUCGAGAAAGGGAUGCAGAUGGAGGUUAUCACCCACAAAUGUAUUUAAAUGGAUAUUUCUUACUUUGAAUUUAAAGUAACCUUCUUCAUUUUCAUUUUAAAUAAUUAGUUAUAUAUUUAGUUACAUUGCCAGUUUUUAAAGUUCUCACUUUCAGUGAGGCAAAAGUGUACUAAAAUGUUUAAAUAGCUUCAUUCAUUCUUACAUUUUAACAUUUCAGCAACCAUUCUGGCUUACAGAACUUACAUUCUGGUUCCAUGUUAUGACACAUGCCCUUCGGUUUUCAAAACAAAAAAACUUCCAUUUUGUUAAAAUAUGUUACCAAGUGGAAUGAACCAGCCAGCACAUCUAAUAUACUUAUCGUUGGUAACUCUGUUACCUUCUAACUACUGAGCCAGUCUCUCCAGAUGUGUAAAUGGUUCCCUGGGAGCCUUUGGAAGUUGUAUUAAGUCUUUUCGGUCUUUUAUUUUAUCUCUUAUUAUUUUUUAUUCUCAUACUUAAUCUAAAUGGAGACGAGUUAACUAGCUUAGUGGCUUUUAUUCUGAAGAUUCUCAGAUCAUGGUUCAGUUUCUUUUAGCUUUGUAGCCCCUGAGAAAUACAUUACUUUAUAAGGUAAUGGCAGUUUGUACUAGUGUACCACAUGGAGAGAAUUAUUACUUGAUGAAUGAACAAUCCUAAAAUUAUAAUAUUGUACCCGAAAGGGCUUUGAGAUUUAAGGAAUUGAUGAAGAGAAUUAAAACUUUUGUGUGUCACUUACUCUAUUUUCACCUGUAUUGAAAAUGUGAAGCUCUGGAGUUUACAACUAAGUGAGGGAGAAUAGUUUUCUAGUUAUUAAUAUUAAUUGGGAGGGAAAAAACUAGUAAAGUUCACAUCUGGAAGCGACCCAAAGUUGCUAAAAGGUAGUAAAUGUGGUUUUCAGUGUAAGUUAUUGACAUAAGAUGAUUUAUUUAUAAUAUAUUUAGAUUUUGAAAGUUACUGAGAGAACCAUGUAUACAAACAAGAUUUUCUUUUCUAAAUCAGUGGUACAGAAUGGGGGGUGCUCAAUUACAUUAACCAUGUCUAUGAGGAAUAUUUAUAGCUAAGCAUACUCCUCCCAGGCUUUAGGCUCAAAUCAUCAAAAUUUAAGUUAUUCCGUAUUUUGCCUAUACCCUUUUUUAUCUUUCAGUGUCAUUUUUGCUUGACAACAUGUUGGUGACCAUAGGGUAUUUUUAUUUGGAAGGUCCUCAGCAAGACUAAUUUGCCAAAAGCAAUAAUGGUUCACAUUAACAAUGAAGUAGAGUUGAACCAAUUUCCAGGUUCAACUAAGGAGCAGACAGUCUAUGGGUAUUUCAUUUUUAGAUUAUAAAUAUGUUGAGAUUUAUUAAUGGGGAGUUAAGCCUAUGUCAGAUUAUGGGAUGAAGACUCUUAGUGACAUCAUAGUUGUACUUUUUUUUUUAACUUCAUACUUGACACAGUUAGAUAUUUCUACUACAUCAUAGUGAUUAUAUUUUUAUGAUUAAAAAAAAGUAAUAGUUCCAUAUCUUUACAAAUAGUCUCUGCAGAGAUGUCAGGAGAUGAUGUUACUGGCAUCUCAAUUUGGCAGUAUCCAAAAAUUGAGACUGCCUUCAAGUGUAUAUGCUACUUCGGUUAUAUAGCUCCCUCUGCAUAGGGGCCAGGCCAGUUCCAACUAAUACCAAGGUUCUUAUGUACAUAAUAGUUUUCGAAGAAUUUAAGGGUUCAGACCAUUGGUUGAAAACAAAAAACUUUAAAAAAAUUUUUUAAAGACUUAAAAUUUUUAAAUUUCCGUUAGAAGUGCCUGGUUUAUAAAAUCUGAUUCUUUGAUGAUUGCCUUUCUCUUUUAAACUGACUGAUUUUGCUGAGUAAACUUAAAGCCCUAGGCUCAAUUGUAAUGAUUUAUUGGUAAAAUUGCUGCUUGAUGGUUUGAGGUUAUACAGUGUUGUAACUUUUAUUAAAUUGUCCCUGUUUUCCCAAAUACCAGUCUAACCAUAUCCAGAUUUCAUUACUCAAUUAAACAGGUUUAAAAAUCACCCUGUAAACGAAUAUUCAGGUUACCAAAGUACAUCAUCUGCUGAGGAAGGAUCAAUCUUCCCUACAUUAAGAGGAGCCGUCAUCUCCUCUAAACACAUGCUGUUUCCUUGGUAUUAGUGGAGGCUGUGUUCAUUUAAAGAUGGGAAGCCUUUCUUGCAGCUCCUAGAAACACCUGCUUUUUCUAGAAAGAACCUUUUCUAUGAUUAGGUUAUAAUUGUGUUUUCUCUAAGAGCUUUCUUUUAUUUCAGUUAUCAGUUUUCAAGUUGACAAAUGCUAUGUAAAGUCUCUCAUACUGAGAGUGGUCCAUUAAAUUACUGAAAGUUACACUGCUGUUCAUCUUUCAGGUGCCUGAAAUGAAUGCCAUCAGGUGAUCAGGAGUGAGAUCAUAAACUUUAUUCAUUUUCUUCCUUGUACAAAGUGAUGGCUUCUAAUGCUUAUAUUCCAAGAUAUUUUUUAAAAAUACAACAGUCUCUUGUAGAGUAAAAUUUGAUUUCAAUCCAGGUCCCAAUAAUAUAAUUGAUUUUUCUGUUGUUGCUGGUGCCUCCUGUUGCAUCAGAUAGAGAUUGCCUGCCUCCUUGUAGGGCACCCUUGUGGCACCUUAUGUCCAAUUGGAAGAUAGUAUAUGGCUUCUCUGUGCCUCUGCUAUCUUUUCAAAAGCCAUUUUAUAAAAAUCCUAGGUAGCCUAUUUUAAUAUUUAAAUAUAUAUAUUUGUGAGAGAUACUUUUAGAACAGACUUUUUUUUUUACUUUAAAUUUCCUGUAUUCCCAUUUUUAAGAGUAAAUGUAAACUUUCCAGGAUUUGAACUUGUCUUUUUCCACAGCAGCAUAAUGAAAAGCCGAUUUGAGACAAUAGACCAUAAUUCAGUGAUAGAAGAAAUUAAUGUCUGAUUAAAGGAAACAGACGUGAAGGGAAAAAAAUUGUUUUGAUGUAACAGAAAUCAGUUUUUAAAUAAAAUUGUUUUAGUUUCUGUAAUUUUGUAUUUGCUGCUAUAGUAGCUCAAUAUUUUACAGAGCUAACAUAUAAAUCUGGCUCCAUUCAAAAACUGGAGUACUUUCUAGUACAACCAGCCUAGGAGGAAGGUGUGUAUGUACCACAGUCUUCCAGAUGGGUGACUGGUGGUCCUGUUUAGCUAAUGAAUGCAUGCUUUAAAAUUCACCUAUAGCCCAACAUCAAGGAAGUUUGGGAGAAACUUUUAUCUUGCUAGUUACAGCAUUAUGAUUCUUCUUGGGCAGUGGCAUUUGGUGAAACCCUUGGGGGAGGGAAGGUGAUGCUGGGGAAGAAAUGUGAAUUAAAUUAUGUGGAAGGGUGUUGUCACGUCUUCUACCCUCCUAGAACCAGUACAACUUUCUUACCUGUGACAGGCCCAAGUUCACCAGCUUUGUAUCCAGUUAUCAUCUCCUUCAAGUUUGGCUUUACUUGGUUACAGUGGCCAUAGCUAAGUUAUUUGGCAUGUUUGACUUUCAACAGUAACAAAAAUGGUUUUGGAUUUGUUUUGUUUCCUAAAAAUGUAUACAGUGUCAGAACUUCACAUUUUAUAUACUAGUAUCUGGCUAUGAGUACUUUACAGGAACCAUAGUUCUUGGUGACUACAUACAUAUAUAUAUUUUUGUGACUUUUUUGUAUACUAAGUGCCGUUUCAAUGUUACAAUCAUUUUUAGAGUUGUUGUAAUCACUGUGAAUAUCAUGUUUUUUCAAAUAUGUUCUGAGCCUAUAGUGUUUGCUUUGUGAAUAUAUGUGUAUCGUAUAUAUUCUGUAUAGUUACAUUGUACUGAAAUAUUAGCUUGUUUGAUAUAAGGAAAGUAUGUAUUGAGUACUUUUUGCUAGCCUGGUUGUUUAAUCUUUUUUUAAAAGGUUUAAACUUUUUUAAAAACAAAAACUUUAAACCAGCCUUUAUUACAUGGUCACAAAUAAAGUUGCAGUUAGACGGGAUGGGCAGGGAAAAAAAUAGUUUUGAGUGUCUUUGAAUAGAAACAUAAGACUAAGGUUUGUUUGGUUCCCCCCCCACCCCGACCCUUCAUUAAAAUAUCUUAUUAAUGCUU